UCGCGGCUUAAAAAUUUCGUCUGCUAUCUUAAUUCUUAUUUUUUUUUAUUUAAUAAGCGCUAAUAAUUCCAUUUAAAGGUUUAUCUGAAAAGCAAAACAAACAUGCCUUCUGUCCUGGUAACUGAAGCGGUUAUAGCAGAUUUGAGCGCUAAUGAGCCAUGGCCAGAAGACGCAAAGUUAUACCAACCAUUUGAAGUGGAGCAAAUCCUGUUGUCAGAUAAUGCUGCUUGUUUGAGCAUUAAAGCAUUUUUGAGGAUGUGUAACUUAAAUUUUCAAGUUGAAAUGAGGACGAAUGCUGACAGUAUGUCACCUUCAGGUAGUGUACCAUUUUUAAGAUGUGGCAAAGUAGUCAUUUCAGAAGUCGAGCCCAUAAUGCGCUUUGUUCAAGCUAAGGGCAUAAACUUAAAUAGUCACUUAGACAAUCCUGGUAAAGCUGACAUGAAAGCUUAUAUUUCCCUUGUAAAUAUUGUUUUGCGAAAUGCAGAGCUGUAUGUUUCAUGGUGUGAUAAAACAACCCUAAAAGAGGUGACAAAGCCUCGAUUUACUUCUUCACUUCCAUGGCCUGUGAAUCAUAUCCUAUGCUGGCAAACAAAGUAUGAAGUUAAGAAAAAGCUAAAGACUGUAGACUGGAAUUCAAAGUCUUUAGAAGAUGUUUAUGAAGACGUGAACAAUUGUUGCCAUGCACUAUCUGAAAAACUUGGUUCUCAGAAAUACUUUUUUGGUGAUAAGCCAACAGAAUUAGAUGCAAUAGUAUUUGGACAUUUAUUUGCUAUUUUGACUACACCUCUUCCUGAUAACAAAUUGUGCUCUAUUUUGAGAGAAUAUCAGAACCUUAUCGAUUUGUGCCGACAGAUUGAUAUUCAGUACUUCCAGAAACACGCGGACGAUGAUGACGAUAUAGAAAACAUUGAAAUGGAAAAUUAGCAUUUUUUUAAACAUCGACAAAUAUAUGUUCAAGACUUCGGUGUUUGAUUUUCUAUCAGAUCUGACUUGACAUGUUUUAAAGCAUGUGUUCUGUAAAAUUAUGAGUACAAUGUUAGAUUGUAAACUAUAAUCAGGAUUAUUGGAUAAUAUUGAAAGAAGUACAAUAGAAUAGAGUUUUAUAAGCAUUUUCCCUUCCCUGAAUAUGACUUUUUAUUAUGUAUGUUAUGCUCUGUUUGUUUUGGAGCAAAUGUUUUUUUUAAUAAA